GCGAGGUGCGCAGGCGCAAGUCGCAACCACCACACCGGCACUCCACUACCACUCGCCUCGCGCGCAACAUGGCGGCCCAACAGUGUCUGCCUUUGCUCUGCAUAAUUCUUGCUGGCGUUUAUGCUGAACCUACUCCAGGGAGGAUUCCGAAAGUGUACAACGCUUUGAUAACAUCGAAUCAGAACUUGGAGCCGAGUAAAGCUUAUCCCGUGUACCAGCCAGUGUUGCACAAUGCUUUCCCAUUCCCGUACCAACCUGUAUUUUACGGAGACAUCCCUUUAACAAAUGGCCUCAUUCCUGCAGUUCCUGCGGCUCGUCCACAAGAACCAAGUGCAAAUCCCAAAGAAUCGCCACCAUCACCAACUGAUGCUCCAGCGGAACCGGUACCUUCAGAACAACCUUCCCCGUCGCCACAACCCGAACAACGUCCAGUAUCAGGAGACGAAACGGCUGCUCCAGCACCAUCGCCCCCUGAACCACCGAGAACAGAGUCACCAAUUCCCCUCAAUGAGUUUGGCCUGCCACCACAAAUCUUACCUCUUGGAGGGGGCCACUUCAGUCCCGCCUAUCAAUACACCCAAUUAGCUUUCCCUUACACAUACCCUGGUUUACGUUUUUAUGAUCCCUAUAAUCCUUUCGGCUUCCAACCAUAUGGCGGAUUACCACUUUACCAACCGUUAACAAACAUUUUGGGUGCUGGUGCGCCUGUCCCACCCCCUAGAGCAGAAACUCCUGUAGCGUCCCCUGUAUCUUCAGACAAAACGUCUCAGACUCCACCCCCUGAACCAAGCGAUCUGAAUCUCCUCAAUUACUCUUCUAAAGAUCCUGCAAUACCCAAUGUACCACCACCUCCUCUUCCAAAAGGCGGCUUGAAAACGAAUGCUGAGUAGAUGUUUAAAAUAAGAUAUAAUUAACCUUUUAGAUACACAAUAUUUUAUGUGAUAAGAUAUUAUCUUUAUUUUUAGCAUCAAUUUUACGCUCCCUUUGAUAUUAUAUGUAAGUAAUAUAUUGUAAUGUAAUUGUGUAUAAGGUUUUGAUAAACUUAGAAACAUUUUUAUAAAAAAGCAAUCUAAAAUAUCUCUUAAAAUGCAAAAGGUCUGAAAUCAAUUUUUAUAUUCACGAUUUUUUUUUCAAAAUGUAAAAUUAAUGCUUACAUUAGCAUUUUUUUCAUCGCCAUUAAUUUAUCUGAUAAUAUAUACAAAUAAAUAAUGAGAGCAAUCAUAAAAGUUGAUCAUGUUAAUAAUUGGGAUUUACUUGACAAUACGCCUUUCACUUAGGUAUAUGGUAGUUGUAUAAAACAAGCACAUUACUUUCCUAAAUAUAGUUCAACGGGUACAUACCACGAUACCUGAUCUGACUUCCCGCUUUCGUGGGAACACGAAAACGGGUAGUCAGAUUCUGCCCGUGACGAGUAUGUAACUAUAUUUAAGAAAUGUACGAAAAUCUUAGUUUAAUAUCUUUAAUAUUAUUACUAUUAUAAAAAUUAUGUCCUUAUUAAAAAAAUAACAUCAAUCAUUAUGGUGAUGAGUUGAAACAAAGUUCCUGUAAAUUAAAUUGUAGAGCUCAAAGGAGUAGCGUUUACUUCACACGAGAAAAAAUUAAGAUCGACAGGGAGUCGUAACAGCAGCACAACUGUCAACGAUGAACGGGACGAAACAUUUUGGGUUAUAAAAAAAUACCCCUAGAUUUCUAGAUUAAAAAAUUUGUAUCCCCCUCGUUAUUUUCAUAAGAUAAACGAUAGGGAGGAUUUUUUUUAACCCUAUCCUAAUUUACGCCACUGAUGUUAUUUAAAAAUAUGUAAAUAGAUAUUGAAGCAAAUAAAUCACUAUAUUUAAAGUGCUUUGGUGCACAUAACUUAACAAUCAUACUAUAGAUCCAAAAGAUU